UCACCGCUGUCCUCCAUUCAUCUUGGCUGCAACCUGUGAUAGUUUGCCCCCACCCGCCCUGAGAACCUGAAGGUUUUUCCAGAUCGACAUGUCAGGUUCAACUUCCCCGCCUGCCAAAACCGAGGCGAUGGGAACCGAGGGUUGUUUCCCGCCAGGAUACAAGGUUUUCAUCCCCGAGGAACACGGCUUGGAGCGCGGAUUUCGUCUCACAGCCUUCUCGGACUUGAAAGGAUGAGGCUGCAAGGUCCCGCAGGAGGCUCUGCUCAAACUCCUGGCGGGACUCGAGCCGAACCGGGCGGACGGGCCAGGGAAGGAUGGAGACCAAGCAUCUGAGUUCGCUCAACAGGUACCCGCCGGCCCUCGGCUUGGAGUGGGGAUGGACUGCUGUGUGAUCCCGCUAAGGCACGGCGGGCUGUCUUUAGUCCAGACAACAGACUUCUUUUACCCGCUUGUGGAGGAUCCCUACAUGAUGGGCAAGAUUGCAUGCGCCAAUGUCCUCAGCGAUCUAUAUGCCAUGGGCAUCACUGAGUGUGAUAACAUGCUGAUGCUGCUCAGUGUUAGCCAGAAGAUGAAUGACAAGGACCGCGAGCGUGUCAUGCCGCUAAUGAUUCGUGGAUUUCGUGAUGCUGCUGAGGAAGGAGGGACUUCGGUGACAGGCGGCCAGACGGUGAUCAAUCCAUGGAUCAUUAUAGGGGGAGUGGCCUCAGUUGUUUGCCAGCCCAACGACUUCAUCCUUCCAGACGGUGCUGUCCCAGGCGAUGUCUUGGUCCUCACCAAGCCUUUAGGGACACAGGUGGCUGUUAAUGCUCACCAGUGGCUUGAACAGCCUGAUCGGUGGAACAAGAUCAAGCUUGUCAUCACCAAACAGGAAGUUAAAGAGGCCUAUCAGGAAGCUAUGUUUUCGAUGGCAACACUAAACCGUACAGCGGCAGGUCUCAUGCACAAGUUCCAGGCCCACGCAGCAACAGACGUGACAGGCUUUGGUUUGUUGGGGCACGCCAACAACCUUGCAACGCAACAACGCAGCGAUGUGGCCUUCGUUAUCCACAACCUACCCAUCAUAGCCAAAAUGGCUGCCGUCAGCAAAGCAUGUGGAAACAUAUUCAAUUUGGUUCAGGGCACAUCGUCUGAGACAUCCGGUGGAUUGCUGGUUUGUCUGCCCAGAGAGCAGGCGGCCAAAUUUUGUUCUGAGAUGAAGAGCCAAAGCUUGGGGGCUGGAGGUCAGGGUGCCUGGAUCAUUGGAAUUGUAGAGAAAGGAGACCGUCGCGCUCGUAUCAUCGACAAGCCCCGUAUUAUUGAGGUGCCACCACGAGGAAGCCAAGUGGCCAAUCAGGAUAACAACUCUGCAAGCCCUUUGCCUGGGCCAAAUUUGUCCUAAACUAUGUAUGUAUGGAUGGAUGUGUUUUUGAGUGUGUAUGUCGAGGAUGCUGUCCAUAUCUUCUGGAAAUCAUACAUCACCAUUGUCAUUUUUUUUUCUCUGUUGUUGGGUAUGGACCUGCAUAUGACUUUGUCAGAUAUGAAGCUGUACUAUUAGCUCAAUGUCUGACUCAUUUUAUGAAGUGCCAUCUUCAAGAAUUGGAAAUAAUGCAAAAUAAAUGAACAUUCCAAAUCA